AUGAGCUCGGGGAAACGCAUCCUGGCCCAAUCGCUGGCUGUUCGGGGCCGAUCGAGCACCCACCGCCGUAACUUCUCUGGUUUGCCCAAUCUGACUGGGAAUCAAACAUCAUUGUCGUUUCCGGAUGCAAGCACCGGAGGGGAGGCAUCCGAGCCUCCCGCUAGUACAGAACCCUCGAGCGCGCUGCCGGCAGUCGAGGAGAUCGCAGAAGAAGUACCAAUCACCGGGCGAGUCGAGGAGGUCCCUGAGGUCCCUGACUCGGAAUCAGCCCCAUUGUCGAAAUUUGAUGCGUUCUCACUCAUCCGUUGCGUGCUGAUUCUCUGUGCAUGGCUUCAUUGUCAACAUCACGUCUCUUUCUACGCUAUCUCGAUACUCCUGUGGGCCAUUCGCUUUGUCUUCUCAGCUCUCCCGGGAAAUAUUCUUGGAGAUGCAGAGCUUCCUAAAACUCUCAAGACAGUAUUUGCACGCUUGAAAAUCCAUGAUCAAUUCAAAGUCUAUCCGAUCUGCCUGUUUUGUCAUUCCGUUUUUGCGGAGGUCUCCCCAUGGAAUUCUAAAUGCCCCAACUGUGAUGUGGCAAUCUAUCGCUCUUGCUCUGAGACUUUUCUCGACCGCUUCCUUGCGACAGACAACCUCGAAGAGGAGGAUCCAAAUUCUCAUCCGCAGAACUCAAGCUUCCAAGCCCAAGCUGUUGCCCCAAUGCUCCUGCUCUCAGAUGCUUUGCAGACAUUUUUCAUGCGGCCUGGAAUGGUGGAUGCGGUGCAAGAGUGGAGGACAAAACCAGAAUCCAACGAGAAACUUGAGACAAUUCAAGAUGGUGAAGUGUGGAAAAAUCUCAAGGCUGCCAAUGGAUCACGGUUUUUCUACAAUGAGGAAGAAAAUGAAUUGCGGCUUGGUGUUUCGUUAGGCAUUGACUGGUUUGGUCGCAAAUCCAGCAACUAUGGUCCAAGUCAUUCUUCAGGGGUUGUUAGCUUCUGCAUCCAGAACUUGACCUCAGAAUUGAGAUAUCGUCCAGAGAACCUGAUUUUGACUGGGAUGCCCCCUGGUCCCACUGAACCUACAUCACCCCAACUCCAGAAUUAUUCAAAAAUUAUUGUUGACGACUUGAUCAAACUCUAUGAAGAUGGAAUCACCAUAGCUGUCCCAGGAUUUCCAAACAAAUUUCGUGUACAGGUUGCACUAGUAUCCAUCAUUGUGGACCACCCAGCAAUGUGCAAAAUCUGUGGGUUUGCUGAUCAUGGGCACAAGAGCGCACCAUGUCCAAAGUGCAAAGUCUCAAAAGGUGACAUGUUCACCGUAAAGUCGCUUGAGAACCGAUAUCCCAAGCGAACAAAUGAGGAACACCGCAGACUAGCUGAGCAAUAUCAAGAGCUUGGGACUGAUGAAGAGAGAGAUGCUUUCUUUACCGACUAUGGAGUUCGGUGGUCUGAAUUCAUUCGUCUCAAAUACUUUGACAUCAUCCGGUGUACUGUCAUUGAUCCCAUGCAUAACCUCCUCCUGGCACACGAAUCCACCAUUUCGUACCGAUUCCCAUCAUCAUCUGGGAGUCCAUCCCCUCCCCCCAUCAUACCAUUGUCGCCCGAUCUGGCGCAUCAAAACGAACCCGGACCCUCCAACCCCUACCUCGCCCUCCCGCCGCCUGAAGACGAGAUCCCCGACCUUGGCGAGUUACCCUCCGAACAACCACCCUCGCCCCCACCUACCGCACCUGCUCCUACCAUGUCAGGACAUCACCGCAUCACUCUCGCUGCCAACCCCCCCUACUUCGAUGGCGACAAGUCCAAAUACCUGGGCUUUGUGGACGCGUGCACCACUUACAUCGGUGCCUAUCGGUCAGAGUUCUCGCUGGACGAGACGAAAAUCCUCUUCGUCCUGUCCUACCUCCGCAAUGAGAGCGGCACAAGCUGCGCCGCCUCAAGAUGGGCGAUGAACUGGAAGCAGCACAAUUUCGAGGGCUUCCAAGGACUAAAGGCGGGAGUCACCGCGACAAGCUUCUUGGAGGAGCUUCAGAGGGCCUUUGGGGAUUCUAACGCAGAGCAAGUCGCUGCCGCCCGACUCAUGGCCCUUCGCCAGGGCAGACGGUCCUUCGCGGACUACAUCUCUGACUUUGAAAUGCUGGCUGCGGACGCGGGGUACAACGUGGUCGCCUCAACCGAUGACAAGGGCGAGUACAAGAAGGGGGAUCAGGACAACAUCCUCAUCGAGUUCCUCGAGCGCGGACUCAGCAGCGAAAUUGCAAGCCGCCUCUACAACACCGGCGUCCCCCUGCCCAAGGCAUAUGGUGCCUUCAAGAACUGGUGCGUCAACAUCGAGGCCAAUGCCUUGCGCGAUCAGCUGCGUAAGGCAUCCUAUGCGCACUCAACUCCGCGGCCCCCACCCCAAUUCCGCCCUCAGGCUGCACCAUCAGCACCUACACCCGCUCCGGCCCGACCAGCGGCCAAUGAGCCGGUUCCGAUGGAGAUCGAUCGCACCCACGCCCGUGGCCGCAAUAUCAUCUGCUACAACUGUCAGCAGCCUGGGCACAUUGCGCGGAACUGCCCUGAGCCCAAGAAGAAGCGCACGUUCUUCAAUCGGGCCACAAUGCUAGAAGAGAUCGAGAACGGGGACAAGGACAACAAGUUCCUGAAGGAGAUCGCCGAGAAGCUGCGCGAGAAGGGUUUUUGA